AUGCGGUUUGCACUAUUGGCGAUUGUCAUCUCCGCCUUUGUCACCAGCACUUAUGCUCAACGUGAAUAUUACAUACGAAACGAACCAUCGGGACUCAACGUCACCUGGGACGAUGACGAUUACAUAUACAUGGAACCUGGUAUCAGAAAGUACACUAUUUCUGCAUGGAACAUGUAUCCUGUCGCCAGCGAUAUUAAAAACUGGUUUGCCUUUGGGGCUAGCUAUUUCUAUCUCCAAUUUGACUUUGGCCGUGAUGGCGACACCGCCCUGCGUUCGGAUGAAGGAAGAAUCUUUGAGAUUAGAAAAGCCGAGUCCCAUUCCUACGUGAUCGAUGUCCAAUCUGUAGACAGUGGGCAACCAACUCUGGCGUGGACGGUUGAAAGAAAUUCAACAGACCCUCGGGUAUUCUUGAAAUUACGGCCGUACAUGCGCUUGCCGAGCCAACAAUUCACAUUCACUCCAAAAUGAUAGAAUGGUAUGUUCAUCGAGUUUAUUGCCGCGUGGACCGUGUUACGACAGCAUACCAAAUCGGAGUCAAACUUUUGGCUGUCAAUGACUAUCAACCGUGGUAACAUAUCCGGGAAGAGAGGGAUGGAUAACGAACACUUGAAGGGAAGGAUGACCGGUCAAACUGUACAUAGGUGGCUCCAAGCUGUACAUAAUUUGUUGCAUAGCCAGUGGGAUUGUGGGUUACAGCAAGCCUUCAGCCGCCAGCACCCAAUGCAAACCCAAUGCAACUCUUUUCAUGUCCCUCAAAAGGUACUUUAGAAGAGAUAUCGAAAUGCGAACUCACCCUGGCUUUUCUAUCUUCGAGCUGUCGGCUAUCUUCUCAGCACGGGGCCAGAGCUUUGCACUAGACAGACGCCCCAAGGCCAGAUUGGCAUCAUUUGCACAAGCACUGGCAUCAUCCUCAUCAACCCAAUUUGAGCAGAGGAUGAACUGGGCUAAAGGGAUCCCCACUCACAAUACCAAGCCAAGUAUUUCAGGGGGUAUCUAUCAUAUAAGUGCGAUAAUAAUGUAGUCUCUCGACUCUUCUACCUCCCCACCGGGAGCCGGCUUGACUCCUGCUAUGUUGAAAAAGAAAUAAUUUCAACAGGAGAGUGGACCUUUUCGUACUGCAUGUUAUCUUCAGCUAGGCCACUAACAUUCCACAAUUCCGGAGAAGCGGCUCGGUGGCUGCCAGGCGACGAAUGUAAGGUACGAG